AUGGCUAGCAACGCGAUGAGGCAAACGCCAGCCAGACUCGUCACCCCCAGCCGCGAGGUAAAAGGACGCCUCCGGUCUCCGGGGUUGUCGCGCGCGUGCGACCCCGAGAAGAAUAGCCGGAGCGCCGGGCCACCGUCAGCCACGCGCCUAAAGCCCGGCGGUGGCCGGCACUCCGUCGGCCGUGAGCCAUCAGCGCCGUGUUUCCAGCGUGUGCGUGCAUGCAAGCUAAUCCAUCUCGACUCAAUCCGAAUGCCUUCUCACGGGAAGGAAGCACGUCUUAAAAAGCCACUACACAACGUUAUUGCCUCCCCUCAUUUGCCAAAAAUUUUCUUCUCUCCCAAUCGCGGAGAUUCUACCACGAACUACUACUGUAUGGUUCGCAGCAACGCCCCUCUAAAUGCAGACUGGCAUGUCCGUCUGCCAAUUACAUUAGCUAGUCGCCGAUUCGAGGCGCGACCAUGUGCUACUGCGUCGCGUCUGCCCCUCUACGGAGCAGCUCAGGCUAGGACAUGUACAAUAUGUAUGCAAGAGCGCGAUACGCCAGGGGCCCCAUUGGACUGGAAUCUCGGAUCAGGUCCCCAGGUAUUGCAAUACAUAAGCCAGAUUGUCCAAGAUACUGCUAUACUAGUUUCUUCUAGCAACAUCAAAGAUUUACAAGUGCUACAUGGUCAUACACCAACUGCAACACGCAAGGAUCAAGCCCCCAUUAGAUACAAAGAUGAACAUGGACGCGAAAAGGCCACGGUAUAA